AGAUUUCCGAGUUCAAGUAAAAUGUAUAAUAAUUAUUAAUACUACUGCAUUUGUCAAUAUUAUACAUAAAAUAUAUUCAAAAAAGGCUCUCUCCCUAUUUAAAUAUCAUCUUUAGAAAUGUUUGUAAAUUCUACAGGUCAACAAAAAUGUUUAAUGUGAAAAAUAAGGCAAAUCUGACGAAUUUGAUCCGGCUCUCCCCUAAUGUUAUGUACCUAGUAUUUUUAUAACUAUAAAAAUAUUUGGUAGAGGGGGCGGGGGUGCUAGAAAUGAUACUUGGCACCGGGCGCUGAUUAUGCUAGGCAUGGCACUGCUCUUGCUUACAUAAUUAUAGAUGAUUUUAGAAUAAACUGCAUGUAAUGCUUAUUGCUUAUUGCUUUAGAUUGUUAGUUAUUAGGAUUUUAGUCAUCAAUCAUCAUGGAUGGUCAUAAAAGACUGAGUGGUGCAGCUUACAGAAAGGUAAAACAUUUAGAGCAAGCAAAAAACAAGGCUGUUCUUGAUAAAUGUAGAAAUAUUGAAGAUUUGUUUAAAGCUAAACCUCAUAGUAAUAAUUGUUAAAUUAUUUAUUAUAUUAUUUUAUAGCUUGAAGUUUAAAAAAAAACUGAAUUCAUCAUGGAAAUUGUAUAACUGCCUAACUGCAUUUAGUUUUUUAUUUAAGCUUACAUCUUGUCAUAUUGAUUAAUUGUACCUAUAUUAUGACAUUGUUUAUUUUUAUGAAGUACAUUUUUAUUUUCUAAGAUAACCAGAUUAACUUAUCAGAAGUCUUUAUGCCGAUUGUAUCGAUAAACACUGAGGAAAAUACAAUCUAUAACCAACAAACAUCAGCAGAAGUUUCUUGUUUGUGCACAAACCCAUCAGAAGAUAAUUCUGUUCAAUUGGCAGUUGGUGGAGCCCCUUAUAAAGACAUUAUAUUCCUGGGUUUGUUAUUUUAUAAUUAACAUAAUUUUUUUUUUGCAAAAGUCUAAAAUUUAAAAAUAUAAAAUAUAUUAUAGACCUAAUCCUGCUUUUUGGAUAAUCAAUGACCAUACCAGAGAGACUACAUAUCUAUUAAUGGAUAUUCACAAGAUAUAGACAGUUUAAAUAUCACAAAUUCUAAGAGGUCAUAUAAAAAAUUGUAUCAAGGAGUAACACAUACUAUAGGCAUGUUUAUAGAUACACAUAAUUACUUGAAAAAUAUUAAAUUAUUAACUGUAAACUGCUUUAUUUAGAUAUUUUAGUACAAGUUAUCUACAGACUACUCUGAAAAAUGGUGAAAAUAUAAAACGUCACUAUCUAGUGUACUCUGAAAGUAAAGGAGCAGUUUUUCGCGUUCCAUGUUUGUUGUUUGGUGGCAGUGGCGUAUUUAGUAUUUUUUGUAGGGGGCGGAUGACAAGAAUUUUAGCUUACAGAUUACGAUAUAAAAAUUAUAAUAUAAUAAUAAACAUGUAUUUAAAGAGCCAUGGGGGCGGAUUUGGGGACAAAUAAAUUAAUACGCCCCUGUUUGGUGGAAUAUCUAUGUUUGCUUCAAAAGGUUUUUCAAAUUGGAAAAAAGCAGAACAGCGCAUUGAAGAGCAUCAUAACUCACCAAAGCACCAAUCAAAUAUGUUACUUAUCAACGACCGUGGAAAGAGUAAAAAUGUUAAUAAUCAACAAUUUGAAUCAAUUGUGAAAAUGAGAGAACAUAUUGGAUAAAUAUUUUGAUAAUAGUUGUAGCCGAAGUAAAAUCACUAUCUUGUAGAGGAUUACCAUUCCGUGGUCACGCUCUUACAUAGUUAGUCCACAUAAUGGCAAUUUUUUGAUGGGACUUGAACCAAUUUCUGAAUUUGAUCCAUUUCUAUCUGAGCAUUUAAAAAAAUAUGGUGGUUCGGGAAAUGGAAAAGUUUCAUAUAUUUCAUAUCAUACAUAUGAACAGUUUAUUAUUAUUAUGUCAAACAAGGUAAAGAACAUAAUUAUACAAGAAAUUAAUAAUGCAAAAUACUUCUCUGUCAGUGUAGAUUCAACUCCAGACAUUAGUCAUAUUGAUCAAUUGUCAUUAAUUAUACAAUAUGUUGAUGAAAAUAGAAAACCAGUGGAACAAUUUUUAUGCUUCUUAGAUAAUAUUGGCCAUAAAGCUGAACAAAUGGCUGGAGUGAUUCUUUUAACAAUUGAAAGUUUUAAUUUGAACAUUUGUAACUUAAGAGGACAAUCUUAUGAUAAUGCCAGCAAUGUGUCUGACAUUUAUUCUGGUCUGCAAGCCAAGAUUAAAGCUGUUGGUGCACUUGCGCAAUUUGUACCUUGUUCAGCUCACUACCUUAACUUAGUAGGCACAAAUGCUGCUAGUUCUUGUAAAAAUGCAGUGAUGUUUUUUGACUUAUUCCAAAAACUAUAAAUUUUUUUCAGCAUCGAAAAAUCGUUGGGAUAUUUUAAAGUCAUCUGUUAAAAGUUUAUCAGACACUAGAUGGUCUGCUAGAGGUGAUGCAUGUAAAUCAUUGAAUAAUAAUUGGAAAUUAAUUAUUAAUGCUCUAGAAAAUUUAAAAAAUAAUAAAUCUCAAAAGCCAGCUACACAAUGUGAAGCUAAUGGUGUUUUAAAAAAAUUGUUGUCUUUAGAAACUGCUUUCAUGUCUAUAUUAUGGGGUAAUCUGCUUGAACGUUUUAAUUUAAGUAGCAAAAGAUUACAAUCUGUUGAUACGGAUUUGGUUAAAGUUGCUGAAAUAUAUCAAUCAUUGAUUUUUUAUGUGAAUGACUUACGAACAGAUAGUGAAUAUGAAUACUACAAAAGGUUAGCGAUUGAAAAGUGUGGAGUUGAAGACUGCUAGUACAAAGAAACGAACAAAAAAGAGAAACACAUUUAUUGAUGAUGGUCCAGCUACAGAUGAUAGCAAUGCAAUUGAUUUUAAAGUCACAACUUAUCUGGCUAUCUUGGAUAGAAUUUAGGUUGAGCUCAUAAAAAGAAAAAAUGCAUAUGAUGAAAAACUAGUUUUUAUUUUGUAUUACGGAAAUGACUUCUGUGGAGGUAAGAGAAAAGGCUGCAGUUUUACAGCAAAUCUAUAAGGAUGAUCUUGGGAAAACUUUUCCAAACGAAUGUGUCCACUUCAGGGCACACGUGCUAAGUUUAAAAAAAAUGAAGAAAAUAGUCCCAGGGACCACUCAGGAUUUGUUGACUUUUGUAAGAGUGAAAAACCUAAUUGAACUUUAUCCAUAUGUAGACAUACCUCUUAGGAUGCUAUUAUGUACUACACUACAUUCUACACUUACUACAUCUAGCAAUUGUUCUGCAGAGAGAUCAUUUUCUGCUCUUAAAAGAGUCAAAAAUUAUCUACGGUCUACAAUUGGAAUGAAACGGUUAAACAUCUUAGCCAUGCUCAAUAUAGUACCAAGUUGACAAAUGAACUCCAAUAUGAUGACAUUAUUGAUGAAUUUGACAACCAACAGGCAAGAAAAAAUUUUUAAUUAAACCGUUUAAUAAAAUAAAUAAAAAUUGACUUAUGUCAUUAAGUAUUUGGUAUGAUGUUUUAAUUGAAUAAACCUUUUGAAAUUGUAUACUGUUAAACCCUAGGAUAGGUCUGAAUUUGUAAUGAGUAGCGACCAGAAGGGGGGGGGGGGCAAUAAAAUAGUUUCGCCCCGGGGUGCAUAUAUUCUAAAUGCACCACUGCCAAUAGGCUUACAAAAUAUAAUAGUUAAUAAUCAUACUGCACAGUGCGCACUAUUCGUCCGUAUGAAUUUAACGGACCACAAAUUCGUACCCAAUUGCGAGCGCCAAAAAGGAAAACAAUAAUGAACAACCGGCGACGUCAACCGCCAAGUUCAACCGUGACCGAAAAACGAUCACACCACACAGAAUUUCGUGGCACACGAGGUUGUGGCGGAAGUGACAAGCGGAUGCGACGUUGCGUCAAGCUUGACCGCUGGAAAAAGACAACAGAUGGACGCCGGUGACACUGCCUAUAGCAGGUACGCAACGGCGAACAACCCGGCGCUGGACGACAGCGGAGGGGGUACACCUCGUGCACUAGCGUGAUAGGAUCGUUGGUGAAUUUAAAGUCAUUGGGGGGAAGUAAGAUUGGAGAGUCAACUGAUGUUGAUGUACAGUGAUCCUGUAAAAAGUCCUUUAUAAAAUUGGUCCUAAAAUACCAUCUGCGCUCAGCUAAUGAAACUAAAUUAUUAAACCUAGAUGAGUGGUAACAGGAUAAUAAUCAUGUGGAGGACAAGCAAGACCAUGAAGGUAGCUAGUAAAUCGCACACCCUCGCUAAACCAUUUCAACCUGGCAAGUGGUACGUGGGUCCCAAAUUACGGCACCAUAUUAAGUUUUGGGCGAAAUGAUAGAACAUUAGAGGAAUCUUAAUAGAAGAUUAAAGCCUAAAGUCAUAAGUCCUCACAACAAAGUCCAACAUUUUAAGUUGUAAGUUUUUACAAGAAAUCGUCUCAAUAUGAAUACAUGGGUCAAGACUACUAUAGUCAACUAAAUUCAUUACAAAGUAAAAUAACAGAAUCCCGGAGAAGGUAAGAUAACAUCAGAGGGGGGUUCUAGUGAAUGUCAUAAGAUUAUCAGGUAUCUAUAUGAGAAAUAUUCAACUAUAAUAUAAUAGUAUUAUGCAUACCAUGUAGGUUGUAGGUAGCCAGGUAGGUAAGAUAACUAAAUUGUUUUAUGAAUAUAAACAACAUUAGAUACCUAUCCUACCUAUUUGCUAUAUUUUUUAACUUUUAAAAAAAUAGUUAAUACAAUUUAUUAAAAAAAAAGUGUCCUAUUGGUGAACCAUCUUGUAAUAGGUACAUUGCUUGUUCCUAAAUUACCUACUGUCGUCAGUUGGCGUUAACUAGGAAUAGAUAAUAUGAAAAUGGAAUGUAUAAAUUUAACAUCAUACACGGCAUUGCCAUCUAGCGACAAUCGUGGUCGUUUCGCAGUGCAAAACAAUAACGGUAGAUAACGCUACCGUUAUCGUCCUGACCCGUCGACGGUGGACCAAAUCUAACUUCUCACCAGCAUUCAAUAUACUAUAUGUUUAGUAUAUUUAGGGCCGUUAUUACAAUUUCCCGCUAAAUUAUAUUUAUCUGUCAGUUAGGCUAGCGUGCAGUUAAACGUAGCGGGGACUUUAGUGACGAGUUUAAAACGAACCAUUAUUACAAUGUUACCGCUAGUACUAACCAUUAUUUUAAUAAUUUUAAACGUAACGAAUAUUUUCAUUGGCUCAUAAUGAAGCAGCUGUUAAUUGUUAUGUGACAGCUGAUAAUGAUUAAUAAAAUGUUUUGUGAUAUUGAUAAUUGAUAUUAGUUUUUGGUUUUUUGUGGUUCCGUGCUAGACGCUAGUGCAAGAUGCAAGUAUUAUUUUAUUUUGAAAUUUUAACUUUUUUCUUUUUCCUUAGAAAAAUGUAUUACGCCAAUAAUAGAAGAUGACACCAGACACAAUAAUAUAAUUAUGUACACACUGUAAGACCAAUACAUUCAUUGGAUUAAAUUUAAAAGUGUAAAAU